AGCCAAAGAGCGUCUAAUGGCCUUGAGUCAAGAGAAUGAGAAACUGAAGGAAGAGCUUGGGAAACUGAAAGGGAAAUGAGAAAGAUCAUCUGAGGACCCCAGUGGUGACUCUAUGCUUCCCACGGCAGAAACAGAGCAGGAAAAGGAGCAGCUCAGGACUCAGGUGGUGCGGCUGCAGGCAGAGAAGGCAGACCUGUUGGGCAUCGUGUCUGAACUGCAGCUCAAGCUGAACUCCAGUGGCUCCUCCAAAGACUCCUUUGUUGAAAUUAGGAUGGCUGAAGGAGAAGCAGAGGGGUCAGUGAAAGAAAUCAAGCAUAGUCCUGGGCCCACGAGAACAGUCUCCAUUAGCACAAACAGAUCUGCAGAGGGGGCCAAGAAUUACUUGGAACAUAAGGAGUUAACUGUGAGCCAGCUCCUGCUGUGCCUAAGGGAAGGGAACCAGAAGGUGGAGAGACUUGAAACUGCACUCAAGGAGGCCAAAGAAAGAGUUUCAGAUUUUAAAGAAAGAGUUUCAGAUUUUGAAAAGAAAGUAUGUAAUCGUUCUGAAGUUGAAACCCAGACAGACGGGAGCACAGAGAAAGAGAAUGAGGAAGAGAAAGGCGCAGAGACUGUUGGAAGUGAAGUAGAGGCACUGAACCUUCAGGUGACAUCCCUGUUUAAGGAGCUUCAAGAGGCUCAUACAAAACUCAGUGAAGCUGAGCUAAUGAAGAAGAGACUUCAAGAAAAGUGUCAAGCCCUGGAAAGGAAAAAUUCUGCAACCCCAUCAGAAUUGAAUGAAAAGCAAGAGCUUGUUGAUCAUAACAAAAAGUUAGAGCUGCAAGUGGAAAGCCUGCUAUCAGAAAUCAAAAUGGAGCAGGCUAAAACAGAGGAAGAAAAGUCCAGAUUAGCCAUGCUACAACUGACACACAACAAGCUCCUUCAGGAACACAAUAAUGCAUUGAAAACAAUUGAGGAACUAACAAGAAAAGAGUCAGAAAGAGUGGACAGGUCAGUGCUGAAGGAACUGAGUGAAAAACUGGAACUGGCAGAGAAGGCUCUGGCUUCCAAACAGCUUCAAAUGGAUGAGAUGAAGCAAACGAUUGCAAAGCAGGAGGAGGACCUGGAGACCAUGAGCAUCCUCAGGGCUCAGAUGGAAGUUUACUGUUCUGAUUUUCAUGCCGAAGGAGCAGCAAGAGAGAAAAUUCAUGAGGAAAAGGACCAACUGGCAUUGCAGCUGGCAGUUCUGCUGAAAGAGAAUGAUGUUUUUGAAGACGGAGGCAGCAGGCAGUCCUUGAUGGACAUGCAGAGCCGUCACGGGGCAAGAACGAGUGACGCUGACCAGCAGGCUUACUUCGUUCAGAGAGGAGCUGAGGACCGGGACUGGCGGCAACAGCGGAAUAUUCCAAUUCAUUCCUGCUCCAAAUGUGGAGAGGUUCUGCCUGACAUAGACACAUUACAGAUUCAUGUGAUGGAUUGUAUCAUUUAAGUGUUGAUGUGUCAUCUCUCCAAAACUGUUGGUAAAUGUCAGAUUUUUU